GUGUCUGGGGCACUCGCUUGGCUUCGGAAACAGGGAGAUUGAGGGCGAUUUUUCGGCCACAAAGGAAAGGCCCGUCUAGGCUGCGCCCGUCCGUGUUUUCCCUAGUCAAAAUCGAUAGAGCCACAUGGCUUCCGCUGUCUGGGGGGGUGCCCCAUGGUGGGGCCCGCCACCCCCGGCCCCAGCCCGGCCGCUCACGGACAUAGACUUCUGCUCUGGAGCGCAACUUCGGGAACUGACCCAACUAAUCCAGGAACUGGGGGUGCAGGAGAGCUGGAGUAACGGGCCCAAGCCGGGGCCAGAUCUCCUUCAGGCCAAAGACUUUGUAUUCUCUUUGCUCGGUCUAGUUCACCGCCGGGACCCCCGCUUUCCUCCUCAGGCAGAACUCUUGCUGCUUCGUGGCGGGAUUCGCGAGGGUUCCCUGGAUUUGGGGCCUGCACCCCUGGGUCCCUACGCCCGGGGACCUCACUACGACGCCGGCUUCACUCUCCUGGUGCCGGUGUUUUCGCUGGACGGCACUGGGCCAGAGCUGCAACUGGACCUGGAAUCCUGCUACGCAUGGCUCCUCCUCCCAGAGCUAGAGUGCGGAACCCCGGUCCGGGAGGCGUGGCAGGAUUGCCUGGGACCCCCGGUCCCAGGAGGAUGUGAUUCGAGCCACCGAAACGACAACGAAGAAAGUCCCGCGGACCAGCUGCACGGUUACGUCACUGAGCCUGAGCCGCAGGUGUCUUUGGAAAAAUCAUCUAGUGACGUUUCAGGGCCCGAGUCGCCUGGGCGUGACGUCACUGAUUUUGGUUCUCCCGCACCAUUGAAGACAUUGAGUGGUGACGUCACCCAGCCAGCCGACCCAAGCGGGGUCCCGAAGCCUUCUGAGGCGCGGGAAGUGUGGCCCACAUUGUGUCCCGCCCAAGUGGCUGCCUGGUUCUUUGCUUCGCUGGCCGCGGUGGCCGAGGACCUCAUCCCGGUCCCGGGUGCCCCGCGCCUGGUGCACGCAGCCCGCCACGCGGGGUUCACGACGGUCCUCCUGGCCACCCCGGGGCCCCCGCGCCGCCUCUUGCUCUUCGACCUGAUCCCGGUGGUGUCCGUGGCCGGCUGGCCCAAAGAGGCUCGGAGCCACUCAUGGGCUGGUCCGCUGGCCCCCGGGUCCGCCUCCUUCUACCUGGUGCCUGGAGGCAGCACCGAGCGGUCAGGUGCCUCUGGCUGGCAGCUCUGCUUCGCCCGCCAGGAGCUGGCGCUCAAGGCGCGCAUACCGGAGCCACUGCUGCAGGCGCACGCCGCGGCCCAGGCUCUGCUGCGCCCGCUGGUGGCGGGGACCCGAGCUGCGGCGCCCUACCUGCUGCGGACUUUGCUCUACUGGGCGUGCGAGCGGCUGCCCGCACUCUACCUGGCGCGGCCCGAGAACGCGGGCGCCUGCUGCCUUGGGCUGCUAGACGAUCUGGGCCGCGUGCUUGAGGCUGGGGCGCUGCCGCACUAUUUUCUGAGCGGCCGGAAACUCCGCGCGGGGGACGGCGCCACUGCUCUGCGGGAGGCGUUGGCCCGGCUCCGCGGGGACCCUGCCGGGGCCCUGCGCGCGGCGGUGGAAGAGGCCAAGGCUGCGCGCAAAGGAGGCGGCUUGGCCGGCGUGGGGGGCGGGGUCCAUUAA